AUGAGCAGCAUCAUUAGCGUCAUCAUCAUUCUGGCUGGAGCAAUUGCAUUUAUCAUCGGUUUUGGUAUUUCAGGAAGACACUCCAUCACAGUCACCACUCUCACCUCAGCGGGGAACCUCGGGGAGGAUGGAAUCCUGAGCUGCACUUUUGAACCUGACAUCAAGCUUUCUGAUAUCGUGAUACAGUGGCUGAAGGAAGGUGUUAUGGGUUUGGUCCAUGAGUUCAAAGAAGGCAAAGAUGACCUGUCAGACCAGGACGAAAUGUUCAGAGGCCGGACAGCAGUGUUUUCUGAUCAAGUGAUAGUUGGCAAUGCCUCUCUGAGGCUGAAAAAUGUGCAACUGACAGAUGCCGGCACCUAUAAAUGUUACAUCAUCACUUCUAAAGGCAAGGGGAAUGCUAACCUCGAGUAUAAAACUGGAGCCUUCAGCAUCCCAGAAAUGAACGUAGACUAUAAUGCCAGCUCCGAGAGCUUACGAUGUGAGGCUCCCCGAUGGUUUCCCCAACCUACAGUGAUCUGGGCAUCCCAAGUUGACCAGGGAGCCAACUUCUCUGAAGUCUCCAACACGAGCUUUGAACUGAACUCUGAGAACGUGACCAUGAAGGUUGUGUCCGUGCUCUACAAUGUCACAAUCAACAACACAUAUUCCUGCAUGAUUGAAAACGACAUUGCCAAAGCCACAGGGGAUAUCAAAGUGACAGACUCUGAGAUUAAAAGGCGAAGUCACCUACAGCUGCUGAACUCAAAGGCUUCCCUCUGUGUCUCUUCUUUUGGUGCCAUCAGCUGGGUACUCUUGCCUCUCUGCCCUUACCUGAUGCUAAAAUAACGUACACUGGCUGUACAGAAACAUGCAAAGUCACUGGCACAACAGAAUCCCAGGAAUCUGCAGAACUAUUUCACCACAAGAUAUGACCUACUUUUAUAUUUCUGGG